AUGUCGGCGUGGAACCCAUUGCGGCCUGAUGGCUCUUUCGGCGGCUCAUACCCGGCAGUCCCUCCGCUGCACCUCCGCAUAGUCUCCUUCAACAUCCGCUAUGCGACCACAUCGCCCUUCACAAACGAGCGUCCGUGGGCCGAGCGUCGGCCGCUCGUCACGAACCAGCUCUUGCACGAGCUGCGUUUCACGUAUGGUUCUUCUCACGUACCGGCCAGCGGCUCGACGGCUGGUUCGUCGAGCCACAACGCGGCGUUCGUGUGUCUCCAGGAAGUCCUGCACAGCCAGUUGGUGGACGUGCUCGCGGGACUGAACCAGCUUCCCUCUGGCGACGGCGGUGAGAAGCGACAGGAGCCGUCGCGGGGGCCCGAGUGGGCUCACAUCGGCGUCGGGCGCGACGACGGCGAGGAGAAGGGCGAGUACAGCCCCAUCAUCUACCAAGUGAAGACAUUCGUGCUGCUCCACUCGGAGACCGUGUGGUUGAGUCCGACCCCGGACGAGCCGGGCAAAGGCUGGGACGCCGGCAGCAUCCGGAUCCUGACGGUCGGCGUGUUCGAGCACAAACAAACGGGACGGCGGCUCGUUGCGGCGAAUACCCACCUUGACAACAAGGGCUCGAAGAGCCGCCUCGAGAGCGUCAAGAUAAUCCUUAGCACCCUGCGGAGAAUCCAUCAAGCAUGGUCCCGACCACAACAGAAACUAGCCGUCUUUUUGACGGGCGAUUUCAACUCUUUCCCGGAUCAGGAGGCGUACGUUGCAAUGAGAGAUGACGGGUGGAUGAAAGAUUUGCAACAAGACGUCGACUCGAAGGCUCGGUACGGCGAGACGAAUACUUUUACCGGUUUUGAGCCUGACAAGCGCAAAGAUGGGCUGGGUCGGAUAGACUACAUCUGGCACGGUCCGACUCAAUAUUUUGUUUCGAGCCCUUGGACUCCACUCGGAUAUGCUGUAUUACCAAACGUCUUUGAUGAUAAAGUCUACCUGAGUGACCACAGGGCCGUAGUGGGCGAUCUCCGACUGGAAAGUGCUUGA